UGGUAACUAGAUCUGACAACAACAUCAUAUGACUAGAUUUUGUCCAUUUUUACAGGGAUCGAUGUUUUGAGCUUUCUAUCUUUUGGUAAACUGGUUUAGAGAGCUGCUUGUCACAUCUGUCGAAAGUUUGCCUUUAUCUACCUCAAGAACCGCGCCGUUUCCUCCAGUUUCCAAGCAAUGGACCGACUUCUGUUUGCAGGUCUGCAGAUAUUGUCAGUCUUAAGUUUUACUGCAGAUGCAUCGAGCUCAAGGCCUCAUAUUAUCUUCAUACUGGCGGAUGAUUUGGGCUGGGAUGAUGUGAGUUUUCAUGGCUCAGACCAAAUUCCAACUCCUAAUAUUGAUGAUCUGGCAAAUAGUGGAGUUAUUCUGAACAAUUACUAUGUGCUGCCAAUUUGUUCACCCACACGCAGUGCUAUUAUGACUGGCCGAUAUCCUAUACAUACUGGUAUGCAACAUCGGGUGAUUUCUGCUGCUCUACCUUUUGGAGUUGGUCUUGAUGAAGUAUUUCUGCCUCAAUAUCUGAAAGAGCAAGACUACCAAACACACGCUAUUGGCAAGUGGCAUCUUGGGUUUUUUAAGAGUGCCUACAUUCCAACUAACAGAGGCUUUGAUUCGUUCUUUGGAUUUUGGAGUGGCAAAACUGACUACUGGGACCACUCCCAAGCUGAAGACGGCUUCUGGGGAUUAGACCUUCACAACAACACCACGCCUGUUUGGGAUGAAUGGGGUCACUACGGAACGGACCUUUUUGCUGAGAAGGCUGUGGACGUCAUUAACGCACAUGACACUUCCAAGCCGAUGUUUAUGUAUCUUGCCCACCAAGCUGUGCACAACGCCAACGGGAAUCAACUUAUCCAAGCUCCACAGGAUGUAAUUAACAAAUUUAAAGAUAUUAAAAACGAACGAAGAAGGAUAUUUGCUGCUAUGGUAACAGUGUUGGAUCAGUCUGUAGGCAAGGUUGUAGACGCCCUGAAAGCUCGUAACAUGUACAACAACUCGGUGAUAAUCUUCUCUACUGAUAAUGGAGGACCUGCAGCUGGUCUUGAUGGCAACAGUGCCUGUAAUUAUCCACUGAGAGGAAUGAAAACAACACUUUGGGAAGGUGGAGUGCGUGGUGUGGCGCUCGUUCACAGUCCCCUGCUGGGGACCAAAGGCCGAGUAAGCAUGGACAUGAUGCACGCUACAGACUGGGUCCCAACGCUCUACGGGCUGGCAGGAGGGAACACCAGCAAGCUGGAAAAUCUGGAUGGGUUUGACAUGUGGCCCACCCUGACUCGUGGAGAACAAAAUCCACGCACUGAAAUAUUACUCAAUAUCGAUGGCGACGAUUCUGCGCUUCGUUUUCAGCAGUGGAAAUUUGUUAAUACAAGUACUGCUCGCAGUAAAUGGUAUCCUCGUCCAGGACUUACAGAGUCCAGUAGGUCUUUCAGAGAUACACCACUAAAGAAUGUAGUGAUUAAUUGCUCUGGCGAGCCCCCGGCCACGCCAGCGGAGUGCAGAGAAAAGCCAUGCCUGUUCAACAUUGAAGAUGAUCCUUGUGAGUACUACAAUGUCGCAGAGAAAUACCCGGAUGUAUUGAACAAGUUACUGAGCGUGAUGGAAAAGUACAAAAAGUCCAUGGUUCCACCAAGAUAUAAACCCAAAGACGAAGCUGCUGACCCAAAUGCUCACGGAGGCGUUUGGACGCCGUGGCGGGAUUAGAAAUCGACAGAGAGAAAACCUGAGCUAGAAUUGACCAUUAGAAAGUUGGAUUGCUUUAGAGUCAGCAAUGACCAGAGGAGCAUUUUCACAUGACGUCACAGGGGCCAUAUUGGUAGUCCUAAACAAUUAAAUGUUUUGUCCUUUGGGAAAUGAAUUCUUUUUGUAUUGUUUAGGAACACCAAUAUGGCUGCCAUAGAAACACUUUGUAAAAGAAUUCAUCUUUAUAUGAUAUUGUUAUCAGACUUAAUUUUUUCAUGGUUACGAUAUUUCUUGUCCUCCUGUUUGCUCGAGAUCUAGCUAGUUUGUCUGAGAACAGCACUGAUUCGAGAAAUGGUUAGCUUUUAUUUGUCCUUUCGGGUGAAUACGUUUUAUCUUAAUUCUAUGUAGUUUAUUAAAAAUUAAUAUAAUAUAUACAAUGUGAUGGUAAGGCCGUUAUUAUACUAAUCGUGACCGAGUUCAGCCUUGAAGGUUUCAAUUUUUUUACUUUAUUGGGAAUAAUUUUAGAUAGAAGUUAAACUUGUGUUUUAAGGGUAAAAAGACCAGAAAUAUCCCCUACAAGUAAGACGGUGUUUAGAAUAAAAGAUGGGUUACAUAAUAA